AUGUUUGCCUUUGCCUGGCCCAUGCGGCUCAGCCUGAGCAUGAUUGCGCAACUUGUUCUUGUGGGCACCAGCAUGCGGAACAACAAGAUGCUGUUUGAGGCGCUGAUUUCCAGCCCGCUGAUGAGGCACGUCACCCACGCCAUGUACCAGCUGCUGUGCGGCCUGCUGAUGAUGGUGCCGCUGCCAGUCGUGCGGCACGCGCGCCUCUCGCCCGUCGCCAAGGCCUGCGCAGUCAUGGCCUGGCUCCAGAUUGGCGUGGGCCUGGUGGUGCCGCUGCUGUGGGAGGCUGUCAGCGAGGCGUGCCUGCACAGCCUGCACGAGCAGCAGCUGCGGCACGCGGGCCUGCCGCAGCGGCGCGGCCUGCAGGCAGACGCCCACCGCUUCGUGUGGUCCCUGACACAGGAGGGCAGCAAGGCGCAUGUUGCCUUCCUCUACUGGAUGCUGCUGUCCAUCGCUUGGAAUGGCGUGGCCCUCUGGUAUGCCGCCAGCGAUGCGGGCUGA